AGUAAAAAGAGUCAGGUAUUGUUAGAAUAUGAUGUUCUUUGUGCGAAUCUACAAUGUCUGAGGGAAAACUUCGUGCAGCUUCCUACAUGGAGGAUGCGCGGGGAGCAUGUAUCGGUGAUUUUUUCCUUUGGAAAAAGUUUUUGAUAGAGAAGAAUAAGCCAAUUUGGGUUCCUUUGCAAUUAUUGGAUGCUUUGCUGAGAGGCUACGGCCAAGUCGCGUUUGCUAAUAAUCCACUAAGUGGAUUGUUAAUAGUAAUCGCUUUAGGAGCAACGGCACCAAAGAUCUUGGCCUUUUCUGCUGCGACCGGCUUUCUAGGCCUUUUGCUUUCCGUGCUGAUGAAAGAUUCUCAACAUAUUAUAGAAAAUGGAUUGACCGUAUUGAAUCCACUUUUAAUCGGUACUCUGUCGUGCAAUUUGGUACCAAAGUUUUAUGGUGAAUUCGAUGCUUUUAGUUAUCUACUUAUACUCAUAGGAACCAUAAUCAGUGUUUAUCUGGCUCGCUCUUUGCAGACUGUUAAAUUUCCAUGUACCGUAUGGGCGUUUAAUCUAGUAGAAUUAGUAUUACUUUUUGUUUUUACCACGCAGAAUGGUUUUACCGAAUCGUUCAAAAUUAAAGGCACAGACAAUGCAACAAGUGAUGCAAGGACAAACGAUGCCAGUUUUAUCGCGGAGAAUGUAACAGACGUUAACGUCGACUGGGGAAUGGUGUUCCGGGGAAUGGUCGUUUCAUCGUCGCAAUUGUUCAGCGUGGACAACGUCGUAACAGGAGCUGUUAUUUAUUUAGCAGUUUUAAUCUAUUCCCCAGCUACUGCCGGAUUUUCUUUUGCAGGUGUAUUUAUUGGUACACUCGCAGGCUUAGAACUUGGGGCACCACACAAUGAGGUAUUCACGGGAUUAUGGGGAUUCAACUGUUUCUUGACUGGUGCCGCCUUAGGAGGUAAUUUAUUCGUUAUUAACGUACAGACUGCUGCUGCAACUCUCGUAGCGAUAGUCUACACGGUGGUACUUCAAUACGUCCUCCGAAUUAUAUUCGGCAAAAUCGGUUUACCAUUUUUAACACUGCCCUUUGUAAUUAGCUCAAGUUUGUUUUUACAAUUACGAAGUGCAUCGUUGAGUGCAGUUUUUCCAAAACCAUUGCAAUCUUCUUAUCCCGAGAAACAACGUCACGAUUAUCUUACAAAUAGAAAGCAUAUCAUGCAAGAGAACGUAGGUAUAAUCGUAUUAAUUUACUUUAGAAAAGGUAGAGUAUUUUAUGCGAUUCAUUUAAAAUCUUUUAUUUCAUUAUUUCAUUACCUUUCCAUGAAUCAUCGAGAUAAACGGCUAAUCGUACCUAUGACAUCUAUUAAUACGCCGAGUUGAUAAAUACGUAAAUAAUAAAUACAUCGGAGUACGAUCAGAGUAUUCCCACUAUGGCGAUAUAGUAAACAUCACGUAAUGUACCUCGAGUCUUAUUUCGAAAUAUUUUCAGUCUGCUUCUCAGUCUAUCUUCGGAGUCAUAGCAACGUAUAUAUCUAAUCGGUAGAGUAAAAUAAGCAUUGAGGAACGCAUCUCGAUGCUAUCUCUAUUUGAUUUCCAAACAUCAAACGUUACUCCUUAAGAAAGAUAAACAAACGAUCAUACAGAGGUAAAGCUUUUGGUGGAGAUCUGAUAUCGAUGUAUCAUCGUACCAGCAUCCCCAACAGGGGAUGAAAACCACGCCCUUCGCCGGGAGCUCUACAAAUUGAUUUCUCCCUUACCAAAGUUAUUCGCCUUAUUUCG